AUGUUACUUUGUAUGCAGUCAAUGCUUCCACAUCUUUUAUUACACAUGGAAGAAGAAAGUAGUAAUGCAGCAACAGCAGCUACAAGUAAAAACGGAGGUGUUGGGGAUGCUUCUGGACAUCGUUCACAGAGUGCUGGAAUGACUGGGGCUGCAUCAACUUUUGCUGAGAUAAAACAUGAAUUGGCUGCUUUUGCAACACUUGGAGUUGAAAUGCGUGCAUUGGCAAAUAGUUGUGAUGUUUUGGCAAGAGGGCCAACACGUUCACUUGAUUUUUUAUCUGCGACUGGCGUUGGAGCUUCUAAUGCAUUCUCGACCGCUGUGCGUGAACGUAAAAGCCGUUCAUUCCUAGCAACAAAUGAACGUGCUGAUUCCCCUCAGUUUUUUGAUCCCCCAACAAUUAUUGACGACGAACCAAGUAAACAACAACCAACUGGAGGUCAAAGUCAUUCUGGAGGAGGAAUAAACAACACUGGAGGUACUAAACCAAAACUGACAAUGGCAGGUUGGGCAGAUUCUGGUACAACUACGGAUAUUGAAAUACAUAAAGAACAGUUUAGAGGGCCUAGAGAUGCUUUACUCACCCUUUGUGCAAUGUUCAUUCACCGAGGAUCUAUUCGCCUCAAAGAACUUUCAAAACUUUUGGCAUCGGGUAGUGGACAUUCUGCUGAACACUCCUCUACUCGAGUACCUGAAUUGCUUGAUCAUCGUUGUCAUUCAAAAAUUAGUGAAGUAGCUGUCGCUUUACUUAAAUUAGCUCCUUAUGAUGCACAAACACUUACAUGUAAUGGAUUACGUGAUUACUUUACUCACGUUCUUCCAAUUGUUGAUUGGUCUGUUGAGACUAAUAGAUCAUCAAUAAAUGUUAUUCUUCGACGACUUGAUAAAACAAUAGUUAAAAUAGCUAAAAGGCCAUCAAUGCGUCGUAGUGCUGCUAAUUGGGAAGCUGUUAGUUGUUGGUUAUCUGGGCUAUAUCAAACUUUAUUGCAUUCCCCUCAUAUUGCUCAUUUACAUUCUUUGAAAACAAUAACACUUUUAUGUCUACGUCUAACACUUGGAGAUACUUUAGGCCCCAUAGAAGAGCCUACAGGUCCACAACAGCCACACAUUUCUACACCAGUUUAUUCACACACUGUUUUAAACUCACAUAUUCCUCCUUCAAUUUUUUGUUAUGUUGCUUUGAAACUUUUUACUGUUUGGGCAGAAAGUCAAAGAUUGGGGCAUUUUGGAGCACAAGCAUUCUCCUUGGAAUUAAUUUGUACAUCAGAGGCUAUUGGUCCUCUAGCAGAACGUCCUGAAGCACUGUUCUGCCAAUUUCUUAUUCCGAUGUUUUUGCGUGCAGCAAUUCCUGGAAAAGGUAAUAUUAUAGGCGGCCAAAUUAAAUUUUUGACCAAAUUCAAUUUGGCCGUUCAACUUGAAGGCCGGUCAAACAAGAUUUGAACAAGAAUUUAAUUUGGCCGCCGACAUCUACAUUAGAUUUUGCCCUUAAAUGUAAUAAAACAUCAUUCUCAUUUUCAGCCUCCCCAAAAUUUUAUUCAAAAGACUUGCAUUUCUGUCUUCAUUUAUUACAACAAGCCAUCUGUCCCCCACUUGUUUCUAAACAAAGUGUUGUUCCAAUGGCUGUAAGUGGAAGUAGUUUAGCUAAUUCUUUAAUGCGAGAAAGUACUACUGGUGGUGGGGGAUUGGGUGGAGGAGGUAUUGGCGGAAUAACUGGUGGAGGAGGAGGAGGGAAUGUUGGUGGUUAUCGUCAAGGAUCUGUUUCUGUUACAGAAAAAGGGGGAUUUUCGGCAACCGUUUCAACGGCAAGAAUUGUUCGAGAUUCUGUUGCUUUGUCUGUUAUUUUGGCUAUCAAAACAAUUGUUUUGUGUUUUCAAAAACAAUUAACUGUUGCCCAUUGGCUUAGAAUUUCUCGAAUUGUUCGAGAAAUGGUUGCAAAAAAAUGUGGAGGGCAAGCACUUUGUUCUUUCCUCGAAUCUAUGAUUUGCUCUAAUUUACCCAUUGCUGAAAUGCUUCAACCAUUAAUGCAAAUUCGUCUUAGUCAACGACCAGCAAACGAUUUAGAUGCUUCUUGGCAAUCAGAAAUGCGUGAAAGGCUUUUGACUAUUAAACAAUUAAAAGUAG